GUAGUCUGUAGGAAGUGUCAAAGAGUGAGUCACGUUUUCGUCAGUGGUUAAUUAAAUAGCAAUUUUCCGAUAAUGCCGAUGAGUGCUGCAGAAAGACAAAGACAAUAUCGCGAAAAGUUAAAGAUAUCAAAUUCAGAAAAAUUUAAGGAACAAAAGAAAAGGAAUUGUGAAAGAACACUGCGUCAGUAUAGAGCUAAAACUGCAAAUUAUAGUGAAGAGCAAAAAGAACAAUUGAGACAAAAAUGGAGAGAGAACCGCAAUAAAGAAAAAGAAAGUAUGCCAUCAACAUCGCAAAUGGUGACGCAAAGUUCGAAAGAAAAUACAAAAAAUUUCACAGAUUUAAAAACUAUACAUAAUUUGCAACGCCGAAUUGAAUAUAAAUUUAAAAAAGAAAAUAUUCAAUUACGACGAAAAAUAAAAACUAUAGUGAAUAGAUUUCUAAACCUACAAAAGAAAGUUCCAAAACAACAUAAGAAUAUUGAUAGUAUGAAGAAAAUGCAUGAAACUUUAAUAAUGAAACUUGAAGAUAAUAGGACUGCAGACGCAAAAAAUUCCAAAGAUACAAAAAAUAAUGUAGAUAAUAUUAAGAUUUCAGAACCAGACGAGGUAUAUGUACCAAAUUUAAUUAGUCAAACUGCUGCAUUGACACCAAUUAAAAGAGUCAGUGAAUAUAUAAAUACGGUAAUUCCAAAUAUAGAAACACCAAAGAAGGAAAAGAUAAAGAAAAAACUAAUAGAACAUGAUUUAUUGAAAGAGUCCUUUAAAUGCGAAUAUAAAAAUUCAAGCAACACUGAAAAGAAUAUUUUAAAGAGAAUAGUGAAUAGUGACGUUGUAAAAAAAAUAUAAACAGACAACAAAGAUGAGGGCUUCUUUAGGUUUAAAAACAUGCAGUUACAAAAAACGCAGGGAAUAUCAGAAAAAGAGAUUUCAGUUACAGGAACUUAUUGCAUCAUUUUAUAAAAGAGACGACGUCAGCCGAAUAACGGCGGGCAAGAAAGAGUACAUAACACAGCAUAAAGUGAAAUACCAAAAAAGAUACCUACUAGACACACUUAAAAAUUUACACAAAAAGUAUAUUGCUGAAGUAGGAAGAGUGAGCUUUAGCACUUUUAAAAAAUAUCGCCCUUUGUUGUACCUCCUAACAUUAAAGAUUGUGAGAGCUGCGCAUGCAUAAAGCACUCGAAUAUGCAGUUUAUGGCGGACAAAUUAAAAUCAUUUGGUUUAAUUCAAAGUAAUAACUUAAAUGACGUAGUAUCAGACUUGGUAUGCGAUUUUAAAACAAAAAAUUGAUUGCGCUGAAUGUUCUGAAAGAGAAAUUGAUAGUGGUGAUAAAGAUCUAGAGACACAAGUAAAAUGGUUUAAGUGGACCUUAAAGGAAUAUGUGUAUGGCAAAGAUGUUAACGUAAAAAAGGCAAAAAAAAUGACGAAAACUUUAAAUGAAGGAACUUUCAAAGAAUUACUUGAAAUAUUUAACAAAGGAAUUAAAGCAUUCAAAAGGCACGUCUUCAACUUUUAUUAUCAAUACAACCAAUACAAGUUAUGUAGAGAAAACUUAAAAGAAUACGAGGCUAUAAUUCAUAUAGAUUUUUCAGAAAAUUACAUUUGUAAAUUUCACCAAGAAGUUCAAGCUAAACAUUUUGUAAAAGAUCAAAUCACUUUACAUACGGGUGUACUAUAUAUAAAAGACCAAAGCCCAGAAUCGUUCUGUUCCAUUUCGCUUGAUAAUCAACACAACCCAGAAUCUAUAUGGGCCCACCUAGAUCCCGUUUUAAAUUAUAUUAAGACUACCUAUACAAAUGUAAAUACCAUCCAUUUUUUCUCUGACGGACCCACAACUCAAUACAGGCAAAAGAAGAAAUUUUAUCUGUUUACGCAAAACAUUUAUGAUUAUGGAUUCAGUCAUAGUACCUGGUCGUUCUUCGAAGCAGCUCAUGGUAAAGGUGCAGCCGAUGGUGUGGGAGGUGCUAUUAAGCGAACCCUUGACAUGAAAACAGCUCAGGGAUUAGAUAUUCCUGACGCCCAGGCUGCAUAUGAUGCUUUGUCAUCGACAGAGACUACAAUCAAGUUCUUUUAUGUACCGGCUGAAACAAUUAAGUCUUUAGAUCCAUCAAUAGUCUACAACCUGACAUCUUUACCGGGGACGAUGAAAAUCCAUCAAUUGAUUACCUGCGGAAAGUACAAACUCAAGUAUAGAGAUCUUAGUUGUUUCUGCGAAAAUGCUAGUGGGAAUUGCGAAUGCCAUUUUCCUAUUUACUACGACUUCGCGGAAAGUAUUUCUAAUAAAACUCAAAAACAAUGUAAUUUAAAACGAAUAAAUAAUAUUGUAACGAAUAAAAACACGAAAAAUAAUCUACAAAAAAAGAAACGCCUCAUUCGUAAGAGUUUAAGCUUAUCAUCAGAAUCGGAUACUGACAUUGAAUUCGCUGAAAGUGAUGCAUCGGAUGUCUUGUCCGAUGUUUCUAGAAAUACUUACCUGGAUUAUUUCGAUGAGAUUACACAUGUCGACUACUUUGAUGCAAAAUCAGGUUCUAAUCACUUUCAUAAAUACAUUGAUCCAAAGAAGAAAAUUAAUGUUUUGUCGAAUGUAAUUAUACAAAAACCCUUCCGAAUUUCAAAUAAUUAUGUUGAAACACAAUAUGUUACGAAAACUGAUCAAAAAACCCCAACAAAAGACCUGGAGGAUGUUCAGCAAGAAUACAACACGACAGAAAUAUUAGAUAUCAACAAAGUUACCCCUUUGUCUGAAAUAAAACAUAGUGAAGAAAAUAAGGCUCAUUUAAAUUUACGUUUGAGUAAAAUAUUCUUUGCAGAAGAGAGAAAAAUCAACCAUGCCAAUAAAGAAAACAAUGCUAUUCCAUCCACUUCUAAAACAAGCAGUGAAGUUUGCACAAUUGAUUAUACUGACCGUGAAUUUAUUAUAGGAUAUCCAGUAAACACCGAACAACCAAUUCAGAUACAUCACAUACAGAAUAACUUUAAUGAAAAUGAGACACAUACAAACGAAAACCAAAUGGCUAAAACUCCAGAUGACUGCAAAAUUAAGAUAGUUGAAAAGACAAGCGCGAUUGAAAAAGAAACUGGAGAUGAUUCUAAAAAUAUAAAAACUAAUUUUAAAGAGGCAAAUGCUCAAGAAGUAAUGGGCUUAGAAGUUGACGCUAGUGUUAUAGUCCGAUACUACCAAAGAAAACAAUGGAAGUAUUACAUCGGAUUUAUUAUACAAGUUUUAAAUAAGGAUAACGAAAGUUUUUAUAAAAUACGCUUUCUCAAGACUGUAAAGAUUCCCAACUUAAAAUUUAUAAUGUUGAAAAAACCAGAAAUAGAUAUUGUGCCAAUUAAUUCAAUAGUUAAAUGUGUAAAUUUAACAUCACGAGGAGAAGCAAAAGAAUACUUUUUAAAAGAGGAAUUUGAUUAUGUAUACUUUACAUAGAUAUUUUGUUAAAGUGAUUUAAGUUGAUUCUGAGAAAUCUAGAUUGUUAAAAAAAUUACUUGGCAGGAAAAAAAUAAUUUUCUCUUAAACUAAUCCAACUAUUCAAAAAAUGGCCCUUAUUAGUUUAGCUGGUUUUUCUCUCGUCGGAUAACUUUAUCUUUUUUUAUUUAAAAUAAAACCAGUAUGUAUUAUUAUUAUUUC